AUGAUUCCAGGUGACGUAAUUUUAGUUGACUGUGAGAAGAACUACGAGUUUCCGUCCAAUAAUGUCGCUGUUAACUGCAAUAAUGGAACCUGGACUCAAAUACCUCGGUGUCAGCCUGCUAGGUGCAAGAAAAUGCCGAAAUAUCCGAGGAACGGAAUGGUGAUAGCUCCGAAAACUGAACACGGAAUGAAGGCGAGAUUUAGAUGCAAGGACGGAUACGAGCUUAAAGGCAAUCCAAUAGUCGUUUGUUCCUUUGGGAACUGGAGUGGGGAGACACCACGAUGUGAAGAAGUAUUCUGUCCUUUCCCUGGAUACAUAGAAAACGGAAAAGUACUCUUAGUUGGGAACAUGGGAUUAUAUGAUUAUCGACCAUAUGUGAAGAAGGUGGUGAACAAUAAACAAAUCAUGUACGAAUGUGAGAAGGGCUACGUGUUAUCAGAAGGUCCACCGGGAGCUACGUGUAUUGGUGGACAUUGGAGUCCAAGAGAAUUGCCUAAAUGCACACUUUACCAACAUCCUCGUAUAAGAUGGAGCCGCAGACGAAGAUCCAUUCCAGAACCUGAGAUACGUCACAGAAGGUCUGCGUACCUGCGUCAAUAUUACAACAAACUUCAAAGGCAAACUGAUCCUAACCAGGACUACCUUAACCAGUUGUACAAUAAAUAUAAUCAUGACACACAAAAACCAACCUUAAGACACGCAAAUUUUAAAUUAAUGAAGAAGUUUGAUCUAGAUUUGGAGGAAGAGGAUGAAAUUAUAGGAUCGAACGUUCAAAAUGAUGAAGAAAAUUACCCUACGGCCGUUUACACUGUCUACAAUGUUCAUGGGGAACCAAUUGGCCACAGACUGUAUGCUUAUCAACCUGUUUAUGAACCUGAAGAGGAAGACAUAGUUCACCACGAAGAUGUUUCGGAAUAUGAAGAUUCUGAAGAAUUUGAUAAUGAUUCACCAUCGCGUAUGACAGUUCUCAAAGGAGGACUGUUUCCAGAUCACGAGUUCGCUACAAAAGAUGAAAUUUCAAACGGUAUAAAUGCAUUGAAACGUCAAUAUUUUGAAAGAUACAUUGAUAAACGGCAUAAAAGAUUUUUAAAUCAAAACAUUACUGAAGAAGUUAAGAAACAUUUGGAUGUAGAUUUACAAAGUGAUGAAAAUAAGAAUGUACCAACAUCAACUGAGAAAAAUCAAAUAUUAUCAAGAGUAAAACGUCAUAUCAUCCGUGAAGAAUCAGACUCAGAAAUCUCGACUCUAAGCCCGAUUGCUAAAACUUCAGGUGUAUAUCAUGACGUCAUUGAUAUUCUUAAAGUGAUUCCGCUAAAACUUCGAAAAGAUACGUCUAAUGAUGUUUCUGAAAAAGAAAACGCUGUUAUUCCGAUACAGUAUAAUAAGACGAAUUCAACUAAUGUUGAUAACAUAUUGGAGAAACGUGAUAAGAGAACAAGCAGAAAAACAGACAGGCUAAAUCAAACAACAGCAAGCGUUCCGAAAACUGGCCGAGAGAGCAAAGGAGGUCGAACUCGAUCACAGGCUGAAAAUUUAACCGAUGGCGAGCCCGUAACGGAUUACAAAAACCGAACUGAAGGUGGUAACAAAACCGAAAACGGUGAAAAGGGAAAGAAAGGGCGGCCCAAGAGUCCCUGUGAACCGAUAGAAAGUGAACCGUAUGUCAACAUCGAAAUUGUAAAAUAUGGGCGUGAUCCAAAUAAUACAUUUAGUUCUGGGACAAUAGUUAGAGUGGCUUGUGGCAAAGGUUACGGCCUUAAUUUAGAUUCAAAUGCUACAGCGAAAUGCGUUCGAGGAAGAUGGAAACCGGACAAGCCUAAAUGUGAAAUCCUUCCAUGUCACGUGCCAACUACAGAGUAUGGUAUAUAUACCAUGGCGCCGGAGAAUGGUCAGUCUGUUAGCCAGAUAGGUUUAGGUCUUAAUCAUGGAGAGGAAAAGGAACUAAACGAAACAGAUCCCGUCCCAAAUGGACAAGUCGUACAUUUUUCUUGCGAAUAUGGGUACAACGUACAAGGUCCAACAAAUCUUCGAUGUUGGCUGGGUGAAUGGGCGGUUACCAGUAUGCCAGAAUGUGUUGCAGCUCCCUGUGAACUUCCCAUCCUCCAUGGCGCUACUUACGAAGCUGGCUACAGAGCCGGUCUCACAGUCGCUCACGCGUCUUCAGUGGAUAUUGCAUGUGAACCCGGAAGAUCCCCACCAGCGACUUUAAACUGCCAUUUAGGAAGACUACAGCCCACUGUUCACGACUUCUGUAGACCUCUAGCGAACCUAACUCGACCAAGACCGACAUCCGAAUAUCAAAGUGGCUCCGACAUCGUUAGGGAGGAUAUAUCAGAAUUAGAACCAGAUCUACACGGGAAACCUGUCCUGGAAUGCGGUCCACCGGCUAGGGUACAAGGAACACUAAUUUACCGCGAUGGCACUGAAGUAGAUGGAUCACUAGGAAUGGAAGGCUAUCCUCACGGUACAGAAAUUACAUUUAAAUGUAUAGCCUCUAUUAUGGGUGAGAAGACCACUUGGAAGUUGAUUUGCGAGCACGGCGACUGGGUUGGCAAGAGUUUUAACUGUGAGGAAUUAGAAGCACAAAGUGAAGAACUCCUUAACAACAACAGUUGCACCUUUAGAAAUGAAGAACCGCACGUUGUAUCGUUCUAUAAUGACUUGGAAAUAACUGAGACGGUUGACUUUCCACCUGGAGCUGUAAUCAUUUCCAGAUGCAGUGACAUUGGGAAGUACGCUAUGACAGGAUCUCAGACCCGCAAAUGUAUCGGAGGCUCAUGGGAUGGUGUUAAACCGACAUGCUUCGGACUUAACCAAGAAAAUGAUUAUGCAAUGGAAAAGCCUCCGACAAUUUUAUUCAGGCACUCGCAGGGCCCAAUCGCGCAGACGAAUGAUGGUAAGCUGCUGGUGUAUCCAGGAACCGUUCUGCACAUGGAGUGCCUUUGGAUGCGAAGGUUCGGCAAUCCAAAGUGGAAUGUUACCCACCACUACCCAGACCCCGAAAGAAAAUAUCAAGAAGGUUGGACAACUGAUCCUGGACGCGACAGCCAACUGGAGUAUCGUAUCAGCAUAAUAGGAGCGGUUAAAGAAGACUCUGGUAUCUACCGGUGCGAGACACCAGCCAGACAGAGCCACCAGGUGGAAAUAAUUGUUGAAGACGUUCACUGUCCGCCAUUACCAAUCAGAAGGGGCUUGGUCGCCAGUGACCUCAGCACUCGUUUGGGAACCGAGAUCAGAUUUUCGUGCGCAAAUGGAAAUGCUUUGCUCGGUGCUCACGUCCUGACCUGUCGUGCUUCUGGCAACUGGAGCGCUCCGCUGCCAGUUUGUGAAAAUGUGGAGCGCGGGCGCGUAUGUGUGUUUGUGUAUGAUCCUCCGAUAUUUCGUCGACCAGGCGUGGAGUGCGGCGAGGUGGUGCUGGACGGGCCGCUGGGCGUGGGCGAGCGGCGGCCGCGCGUGUCGGUGGUGUCGCGGGGCGUGGGCGGGCGCGCCGCCUUUUCGUGCCCCGCCGGCUGGGCGCUGCGCGGCGCGCCCGAGACCGUCUGCCUGCCGGCCGCCGACUGGGCGCGGCCCUUCCCCGUUUGCACAGAAGUUUCCUGCCCAGCAUUACCUCCACCAGCAUCGGGCUACGUUCUUGGCCGAGCACCGUACAGAGCUGGUGACGUCUUACAGUUCCACUGCAACCCUGAACACACACUGCACGGAAGACCGAUUCUGGUGUGCCAGGACAGUGGUCGGUGGAGCGAUAAGCCGCCGACUUGUGCCCAAGCAUGUACAUACCCUGGAACAACUAUAUCAGGACGCAUGUCUUCCGUGAAGUUCUACUACAAAAUUGGAGAGACAGUCACCUUUACCUGCGAACCAGGGUAUAAAAUUAGGGGGGCUCCAAUGCUGCGUUGUCUUAAAAACAGAAAAUGGUCGAACGCUAUACCAUUAUGUACUCCGAUAGCCAACUACACCUCAUCCGACUCCCUUGCUAUGUUAAAUGGCGACAUUGACGCCAUGUUGUCGGACGAAGCCAUCAUGCCAUCUGACAUUUUGAAAACGCGGGAAACGCCAGCCAUCUUGUCACCUGAAAGCUAUAAAGCGGCUAUGACCCGAGUUACUGCAACAAGAACACUAGUACUCAUAGCAGCGGUCUAA